AAUCAGUCAACGUUCGUUCUCGAGCAGACAGAAAAGUGAAAUGUUCAUGCUUGUGGUGAUCUGUGCAGUUUUUGGACUGGUUGUGGCCCAUUCCCCAGUGCCCCAUUCCGUAGGACGUUCCGAGGAUGUCCACUCCCAAUCUGACGAUUUUCGUGCCGAUGGAUUUGGUUCCAGUCUGCACAUAUACAACGGAAUCGAGCGGACUGCCAAAGCAGAUGUCGAUGGUAUUUUCAAGGGCUCUAUUAAAUGGGUCACCCCCGAGGGCGAUCACGUCAAGGUCACGUACGGCGCUAAUGAGAACGGAUGGCAGGCGUCGAUGCCAGCCAUGACUCCGACUCUUCCACCAAUCCCGGAGGCGUUCCACUCACCGGUAUCCGAACCUCCCCAUCAUAACCAAGACUCGUCACCCUGAUCCCAGUCCCCUCCACGGACUUUUUAUCCACAUGUUAAUUAUUAUUCAAUAAAGUUGCUUACCCGACAUAA